CGGCCGGCGGGGAGGAGCGCGCGGCGGGCAGGCCGGUGGCACACGUGGGCCCGGCGCCGCCCCCCGCGGCCCACCCCCGGCCGCCCCCGCCGGGAGGGAGCCGGGAUAAGUGGCGGCGCGGACGCCGCGCCCUGUCUCCGGAGCGGCGGCGCGCAGCUCUCCGGUCCCGGCCGUAGACGAGGACUCGGCGCUCGUGGCCCGCACCUGAAGAUCCGUUCAGAAUGCCAGAGGAACGCUCCCCCCGGCUGACCCCACAGAACGUUCCCUACCAGGACCUCCCGCACCUGGUCAACGCUGACGGACAGCACCUCUUCUGCCGGUACUGGAAACCCUCGGGCGCGCCCAGGGCACUGGUGUUCGUGUCCCACGGAGCCGGCGAGCACUGCGGCCGUUACGACGAGCUGGCACAGAUGCUGGUGGGGCUGGGCCUGCUGGUCUUCGCCCACGACCAUGUCGGCCACGGGCAGAGCGAGGGUGAGAGGAUGGUGGUGUCCGACUUCCACGUCUUCGUCAGGGACGUGCUACAGCAUGUGGACGCCGUGCAGAAGGACCACCCGGGGCUGCCCGUCUUCCUCCUGGGCCACUCCAUGGGUGGCGCGAUCUCCAUCCUCACGGCCGCGGAGAGGCCGGGCCACUUCUCCGGCAUGGUCCUCAUCUCCCCACUGGUCGUCGCCAAUCCAGACUCGGCGACGCUUUUCAAGGAGCCUCCAAAAAGUUUGGAAGAAGUGCUGCAGUUGACAGUAAGAGCCAUUGUAUCCCGGAUGCCAGCUUCUCUGUGGGUCUUCGCUGCUAAAGUUCUCAACCUUGUCCUGCCGAACAUGUCCCUGGGCCGGAUCGACUCCAGCGUGCUCUCGAGGAAUAAGACGGAGGUGGACAUCUACAACGCGGACCCCCUGGUCUGCCGGGCAGGGCUCAAAGUCUGCUUCGGCGUCCAACUGCUCAACGCGGUGUCGCGGGUGGAGCGGGCACUGCCCAAGCUGACGUUGCCUUUCCUGCUGCUGCAGGGCUCCGCCGACCGCCUCUGCGACAGCAGGGGCGCCUACCUGCUCAUGGAGUCGGCCAAGAGCCAGGACAAGACGCUCAAGAUUUACGAAGGUGCCUACCACAUCCUCCACAAAGAGCUUCCCGAGGUGACCAGCUCCGUCUUCCGGGAGAUAAACACGUGGGUCUCGCAAAGGACAGCGGUGGCAGCAAUGGGGUGCCCACCCUGAGCCCCCUGGCUGGCUGUGGGGCCCACGUCGGGAAGCGGGCAGAGGAAGGGCAGGGGCUGGCUUCUCAGACGUGGCUAACACAUGCCCACACACACACACACACACACACACACCCCCCACAGACUGGAGGAAUCCCUAGCACAACUGACUCAGACAGUCUUGUCAUCAGUCAGGCUGUCCACUGCUGGAUCUGCCUUAAACGGUGGACACUUUAUGCAAAAACUGGAGGUCAAGGCACUUUCCAGAGAACAUGCUGGAAGGCCUGAGGCCACAGGGAGCCCUGCCCUGCCUCUCCCGCCCUGCAGGACCCCAGGACCACCCCCUCCACCCCAGCAAUAACUGGAGGGCGCCCCCCCACCGCCCUGCCUGUGCCCCGUGGGACGGGGGUGGCGUCCACUGCCCAGGGCUGACUGGCGUGCCCGCGGGCCCACCCUGACCUGCGUCAGCUCUGUGAGCCCCAGGGGCGGGGGCCUGGGCGUGGGAAGGGGACCCCCCCGCCCCGCCCCUCCCGGGCGCGUGGGGCGGCCGCUGCUCCCUGACUGCUCACCCGCCGCUCCGCUCCGAGGGCCGCUGUGCUGGACGUCUGUUCAGACGCGGAGGCCGUGGGCGGGAAGCAGGGGUCUUGACGGCGCGGCGCCGCGGAGCUACUUCCGGUGGCCGGAGCCGAUCCCAGGCGGUGCCCCGCCCGAGGCCCCAGCAGAAGGGCGGCCGGGCCCCGCCCGCGCCCCACCCCUCGCCCUCGGCCCUCCCUGCUCUGGCCGGUAAUCGGGGACCUCGCCGCCCAGGGGGUGCUUUUGUUGUCCGUGUGAGCGUGGUGGGGGCGCUGAGCCUCGGGAAGGGAAGGCGCGGCCCCCGGACAUGGGGCGGGUGGGAUUCGCUCCAGCGGCGGGAGCUGCUGCCCGCUGCACCCCGCUCUUCUGGGGCGGCCCAACGCCUCCAUUCCAGGGCCCCCCACCGCACGCUGAGCCAGAGCAUGCCCCCCAGCGAAGUAGCUGCGUGGGCUCGUGGAGAGGGGAGCCGGGUCCCCAUGGAGAGCGGCUUCAUUGCCCUGUUUUCCUCUGGAGGAUGAAAAACACGUAGAAAAUGCCCGGAGGGCUCCUCCCGCUGUCUUCCUGGGCCGAGGAGCCGCAGAGACGCCAGGCACCAGCCCACACCCGGCCACCGCCAUGCCUCGUGCGGAAGCAUGGCACCACGGCGGGCACUUCCCAAGCCGAAUGCCGGGCGGGCAUGUGGUCUGACCCGGAGUCUUUCGCCGCGUUGACUUAUUUUCUCUGAAAGCUUUCAGAGAUGCACAUUUAGCCUCCUUCAGCGAUCUGGUCAAAGAAUCACCUGUAUUUGAAAGACGUUCCUCGGAUCCGGGACUGUUUUCCUCACCGGGGUGGGCUGGGCUCACCCUCCACGGUCAGGGUGUGGGCAGCCAUGUCUGGGCUCCGUCCUGGCAGCGCCCAGCGAGUCCUGCGUUGGGGUCGCCCACCGUGCUGAACCCGGAGCCUGGGCUGUGCCCUCCCAUCCCUCGGCGGUGCAGGGAAACCGGGUGUACACAGGUGGCAAGGCCGCAGGGGCCUGGCCCUGGGCGGGAGGACCAUUGAGGCCAGGGAGGGGCGGGUGGACGCGCUGCUCAGACCCGCGGCCGAGCCUGUGUGGACCCGUCACGCAGGCCGCCUGGGCCAGGGGAGGUGAUUCUGUGCAGAUGGGCUUUCCAGAAGAUGCUGCCUGCGAUCACCGGGGGUCCCGGCCCCCUGGGCCCACUCUUGGUGGGGACGGGGUGCUGACCCCCGCGUCCCCUCGGCCCUGGUGCUCGAAUCCCCCCCCGCAGGCCCUUGUCCUCCCCUCACCGACUGCUAACACCCGCCCUUAGGACCACAGCGACUUCUCCACGCGGUUUCCUGGUUUGCUGUCACCCCCACGGCUCAGCCACCUCCCUACAUGUCCGCUGUCAGCGGGGCCCCAUGUAUCCGGCAAAGUUAGUGCACCAACGUGCACCACAGCUAACGCUAAUAAACCACAGUUUCUGACGCUGU